AAAACAGCAAUAGUAAAUAAGUCACAGAACAUAGCAAGCUUAAUCAUUACUCAUUAGUAUCCAUGGCGGAACAGCACCAGAAGCUGCACAUUGCUGUGUUUCCAUGGCUAGCCUUUGGUCACAUAAGCCCAUUUUUUGAGCUUUCAAAGCUCAUAGCUCAAAAGGGUCACAAAAUUUCUUUCAUUUCCACUCCUAGAAACAUCCAUCGCCUCCCUAAAGUUCCCCAAAAUUUACAAGCUUUGGUGGAUCUGAUAGAACUUCCACUUCCCCAUGUUGAAAAGCUCCCUCAAAAUGCAGAGGCCACAAUGGAUGUUCCUCUCCACAUUGUUCCAUACCUCAAGAAGGCUUUUGAUGGUUUAGAACAACCUUUGAUGAAGUUUCUGGAGACAUGCAAACCUGAUUGGAUCAUAUGCGACUUUGCACCACACUGGUUGCCCCCAAUAACUUCUAAGCUAGGUAUCUCAUGCAUCUAUUUCUCUAUUUUUAGUGCAUUUGCUUUGUCUUCCAUUUUGGAUUUGUUUUUCAUCCGAAAGACAAGUGAAUCUCCUGAGGACAAAGCUCUUGCUGAUGACCACGCUGUGCAAAAUGAAUCUGGGGUUUCAGACUUGUUUCGACUAACAGAAAUCCUGAAGGGUGUUGAAGUGAUAGCUGUAAGAAGCUGCAUGGAGAUUGAAGGUGAUCUUCAAUUGAUGUUUUGGAGUAUUAGAUUGAUGAAGAUUCCUAAUUCAGAAGCGUGUUAAUAAAAUUUGGGCUUUAUGAUGUUCUAAACAUUCAGAGUGAAAGGAGUUCUCUUUACACUUUGUUGUUGUAUUUUCAAUUUGUAUUGUCUCUCCAGAUAGAGUUACUUGCUAAAGAAAAAAAAAUUAGUUUGGUGUUGUUUUCUUCUAUAGUUUAUUAUGAACAAUGACAAAGUGUAUGCAUUGGUUUAUUGUUUGUAAUUGAUCCACCAUUUAAUUCUAAUUGUGUUUGUUUGUUGAGUUGGUUGGUGGUGUUAAAUGUGAUGCUAAUUGUUUUGAUGUGAUUUUGAAGUCAUUUAGAAAUCAUAUAAGUAACUUGUAUUUUAAGCAAGUAAAUUAAGAUAAAAAUUUAUUUUAUAUAUGUGAAUAUUAUUAACAAUAUCAAGCAAGACACAAUCAAUGGGAUUAAAUUGACAGAUAAAGAGCAAACAGAAUCAACUAUUAUUAAGGAAACAGAUUGCUACAAAUCAAAAACAAAUCAGCCAAUAUUCAGGAAAUCUGGUGCAGCAAAUCAAUUAUAAUUAGGAUUGUUUUAUUUCAAAUAAUGGAGCAUCAUUUGCUACCUUAUUUAGAAAUCAGCCUUUAUCACUAUUUGUAAUAUAUUUAUCCUCUCACCCUUUGUUUUCAAGUAGUGUUCAAGUUUCUGUUUUACAAAAGAUUAAAUUCAUCUUCCAAUUUUCUUCUUGGUAUCAAGAGCCUUUGUGAACACCAUGACAUCCUUAUCUCUCAAUGUUGGUAAUUUCAUUACCCUCAAACUCACACUAGCAAACUACCCAUUGUGGCGUGAACAAGCUUUAGCACUUGCAGAAAGUCAAGAUCUGGUGGGACAUCUCACAAAUGAAGAUUCUACCCCUACUCAAUACACCACUCCAGAUUCCAAUAACACUACAAACUCAGGAAUAUUUACCCCAAAAUUAACUAAUGAAUUUGUCACCUGGCGCAAGGCAGAUCGUCUUCUUCGAGGAUGGAUAAUCGGAACACUUUCUGAAGAAGCUCUUGGCCUCGUUAUUGGCCUAGACACAUCCUAUGCAGUUUGGGAUGCACUUAAGGAUGCAUACGCAGAAGAUUCUCAAGAACGUGAAUUCACGCUCCGCCAACAAAUUACAUAUCUCCGCAAAGAGGAUGAUCGCACUGUUGGAGAACACAUUCCCAUCUUUAAAGGCCUAUGUGAUAACUUAGCAGCUAUUGGGAAACCUAUCCCAGAUAAGGAAAAAGUUUUCUACAAUACCUCACUUUUACCCGUCCUGACCUUUCAUACAGUGUUAACUAUGUGUCUCAAUUUAUGCUUGCUCCAACUAUUAUGCAUUUCAAAAUGGUUCGGCGUAUCUUGCGAUAUGUUAAAGGCACUAUUAAUGUAGGUUUACAUUUUACUUCUAAAACUACACUUGAUCUUUU